AUGCUGCCCGGCGUGGGGGUGUUCGGCACGGGGCUCACGGCGCGCGUGAUCGUGCCGCUGCUGAAGGCCGAGGGCUUCGCCGUGAAGGCGCUGUGGGGCCGCACGGCCGAGGAGGCGGAGGAGCUCGCCAAGGAGAUGAGCGUGCCCUUCCACACGAGCCGCAUCGACGAGGUGCUGCUGCACCACGACGUGGACCUGGUCUGCAUCAACCUGCCGCCGCCGCUCACGCGCCAGGUCGCCGUCAAGACCCUCGGCAUUGGAAAAAAUGUCAUCUGUGACCGAACAGCGACUCCCCUGGAUGCCUUUAGGAUGAUGACGGCGGCUCAUUAUUACCCGAAGCUCAUGAGCAUCAUGGGGAACGUCUUGCGCUUCCUGCCCGCGUUUGUGAAGAUGAAGCAGCUGAUCCAGGAGGGCUACGUGGGCGAGCUCUUGGUGUGCGAGGUGCAGGUGCACAGCGGGAGCCUCCUGGGCAAGAAGUACAACUGGAGCUGUGACGACUUGAUGGGCGGCGGGGGCCUGCACUCGGUUGGCACUUACAUCAUCGAUCUCUUGACUUUCCUCACCAGCCAGAAGGCUGUGAAAGUGCAUGGGUUGCUCAAGACCUUUGUCAAGCAGACGGACCACAUCAAGGGGAUACGGCAGAUCACCAGCGAUGACUUCUGCACGUUCCAGAUGGUUCUGGAAGGCGGCGUGUGCUGCACAGUGACGCUCAAUUUCAACGUGCCCGGGGAGUUCAAACAAGACAUUAUAGUGGUUGGUUCGGCGGGCCGGCUGAUUGUCAUAGGCACUGAUCUCUACGGGCAGAGCAACAGCUCUCCCCAGAGGGAGCUCCUGCUGAAGGACUCCACGCCGGUCAGCAACUCUUUACUGCCAGAGAAGGCCUUCAGUGACAUCCCGUCGCCGUACCUCCGCGGCACCAUCAAGAUGGUUCAAGCCGUCCGGCAGGCCUUUGAGGACCAGGACGACAGGAGGACCUGGGACGGGAGGCCCCUGACGAUGGCCGCCACCUUUGACGACUGUCUCUAUGCCCUGUGCGUGGUGGACACCAUUAAAAGGUCCAACCAGCUAGGGGAGUGGCAGAACAUUUCGAUCAUGACCGAGGAGCCCGAGCUGAGCCCCGCGUACUUGAUCAGCGAAGCCAUGCGUAAGAGCAGGAUGUCUCUGUACUGCUAGGUCCACUCGGCUCCUAGGAGAGGACAGGAACCAGAAAGCUCUGAUGGGAAAGGGUCACGCAGCCCUUGGCAAGGGCUUGGGCAUCUCAGAAUCACCUGAGGAGGAAAUUUGGUGUUUGGAUCAGCUCAAUCUGUUGACGGCUAAAUACCAAAGUGGUGACGUUCUAAGAGAUGCCCAGAAUAGAUAGGAGAGUUAAGAGCUGACAUUAAACUGUUUUAAUAACAGUAUUAACUGGCUGAUUAGCAAGAUAUAUCAUGGACUUGUCUCCUGCUUGCAGGUGCUUUAGAUUAUCCAAUUGUGUUUACUGUGAAAGGUUGGGAAGGUCCUUUUAGAUUUUCCUUACCUACCAGAGGGCUGUGAAGGUACUGUCAUGUCAUCAGGUUUUCUGUAGUGUCUGACAUGAAUGGUUCCUACCAUGACAGCUGACACCACCAUGCUGUGCUACCACAUCUUUAAUCAACACCAGAAUAAUAGGACUUAGUGGGAGUGUGGUGUGAUACAGAAAAUCUCGGCAGCUCACUUUUCAUCUAGCUUGUGAGGAGCUUCUAGGUGUCGGGUCAGUUAUGCUUUUUCUUUCUUUUUUUUUUUUUAAGCACAAUUACAUUGGAAAAAUCUGGCUUUUACAAAGCAAGCAGCCCUCAACCACAGCACAUUUGCCCUCUUAUUGGGGGAGGGAGGGUUCCCUACCAGCUCGUGGUAAGCUUAAAUGUUAACCAUACGGAUUUGCUGAUUAAAGUCAUUUGGGGAAGACCUUCACGAACAGCAGGGGCAAGGCCGCAGUAGCAGUGGUGGGGUUUUACUACACAGCUGAACUCAGGCUCGUCUUUUGAAAGUUUACACAGCUUGCUGUGUGUCUGGGACUGACUUCCGAGUGAAUUCAUCUCGCAUUUUGCUUUUUGGUGGAAAACAAAAACCAGUAGAAAUCCGACCGAACAAUACGAUGUUUAGACAGUCGGUGUUCCUUUAAAUCUGUAUGAACCUGCACUCGAUACACACCAACACCUUAUUUCCUAUAUCUCAGCCCCGAAGCCUCCACCUCCCACAAGAGGUGAGUGUGAAUGGGGGAAAAGAAAAAG